ACAGGAACGAGAAUAUCGUCUAAGAUCAGCUCAUAAAACCAUAAAGCACCAGGGACGAUGGUCGUCAUCGCCGCCGUGAUCAUCGUCGCCGCACUUAUCUUCUACAUCCGGCAACUGCGCGUCACCAAUGCGCAACGGCGAACGAGCGUACUGCGAUCUCUGGGUGUGCAGGAGCCGCACAAGAAAAAGCUCGUAGGGUUCUUUCAUCCGUAUUGUAAUGCUGGUGGCGGCGGCGAGCGCGUCCUGUGGACCGCCGUCGCGUUCCUGCAGCGCACGGAGCCGGACGUCGUGAGCGUCGUGUACAGCGGCGACGUGGACGCGACCAAGGAGCAGAUCCUGGCAAAAGUGGAGGCGCGGUUUGCGAUCUCGCUGGCGCCGGGCACGCUCGAGUUCGUGUUCCUCGACUCGCGCCGGUACGUCGAGGAUUCUGCUUGGCCGCGGUUUACGCUGCUAGGGCAGAGCGUAGGGUCUAUGUACCUCGCGUGGGAGGCCAUGUCGAAACUCAUCCCCGACCUCUACAUCGACACGAUGGGCUACGCAUUUACCUUCCACGUCGUUGCGUGGCUGACGGGCGUCCCCAUCGGCGCAUACGUGCACUACCCCACCAUCAGCACCGACAUGUUAGCCCGCGUCCAGUCCCGCAAGAAAUGGCACACAAACUCGGACUCCAUCUCUUCCUCGCCCAUUCUGAGCCGCGGAAAGCUUUUGUACUACCGCUUGUUCAUGUACCACUACGCUCAGGCACUCCGGCGCGCGUCGUUCUUGAUGGUCAACUCUUCGUGGACGAAGAACCACGUCGACUCGAUCAUCGACUACUCGGAUCCGAUCCUCGACGCGAUUCAUUUGCCGAUCGCGACGGUGGCAGCGCUAUUGUCCUUUGCGAUCCAUCCUCUCUUACCGCGCGUGUCGUUGAACGACGCGCUGCGAACGACACCGAGGCAGUCGACGAUCGUGUAUCCGCCAUGCGACACGCGCGAGAUGUCAACGUUUGCGCUCGAGGGGCGCGAGCGCAUCGUGCUCAGCAUCUCCCAGUUCCGGCCAGAGAAAGACCACCAAGCGCAGCUGCGCGCGCUGGCGCAUCUCCUGCGCGAGCACCCGGAAUACAAAUCGUCCUCAGAGGACCGCGUGCGCCUCGUGCUCAUUGGCGGCAGCCGCAACGCAGACGACGCUGCGCGAGUCGAGAGCCUCCGCGCGCUCGCGAAGGAGCUCGGUGUCGAGGACCACGUCGAGUUCGCCGUCAACGCGCCGUAUUCUGACAUGCUCUCGUAUCUUGCGCGCGCCAGCGUGGGCCUGCACACGAUGGUGGACGAGCACUUUGGGAUCAGCGUCGUCGAGUUCAUGGCGGCGGGCCUCAUCCCCGUGGCGCACGCAUCGGGCGGCCCUCUGCACGACAUCGUCGUCCCCGUCGACGGGCAAAUCACAGGCUAUCACGCCACGACGCCGGAGGCUUUCGCGACGGGCAUACACGCGGCGCUGACUCUGCCCGUGGACGAAGAGCUGGCGCUCCGGCGGCGCGCCAGGGAAUGGGCGGUUGGCCGCUUUUCGGAGCGCGAGUUCGAGAAGGGCUGGCAGGGGUGCGGGUGGAGGACGUGGCUGUGAGCCGUUACGCGUUACGCGUGAUCGCUGGGUAUGGACUCCGGACUUUUUUUUUCCACCUCUAUUUUGCUUGCCGCCCUGCAGAACGAGAGAUAAUUUAUUCGCUUAUCGAUUCGAUCGUGGAAAAGGGAUGGCGUUUCGACUCGCG